AUGGACAUCAGUAGCCUCCCAGACGACUACUUCCUGACUGCUGAUGUAUUCACCAAGAAGCUCUAUCGUGCGAGUUCAGGCCUAGGUGCUCAUGGAUUCAAGGGGGAACAGGCUCGCCUGUACUGGGCAGAGGCUGGAGAGGUGGUGUCAAGACACAUUGAUCUGCGCGUGGGCGAUCUGCGGGAAACAUUGCAAGAGAAUGUUCCCGCCGUUGACAUACCUCUUUUGGACAAUGAUCUGGGCUCUUAUGGUGCUGCUCGCUUUGAAAGUUGUCCAGCCGUAUCUCCGGCAUGGCGCAGUUGUAAUCAUCGAUAA